UCAUUUUUCCGUUGAAUAUUAUCAAGACAUUUGUUUUAGAACUUGUACCUUGGACAAUGAUUUGAAUGGAUGCUUGUGAUGCUCCUCGUGGGGCGGCCGCUUAUAAUUCUCAAGUGCGGAAUUCCCCAGCUUUGAACAAGCUUCAAAUAAAUAAUUAUACGAGUGAGACAAACAACUCACAGAAUACAAAAUGGCACCAAAUUCUAUACAAUCCCUCGAUCGACAGGAAAGACUCACCGAUGUGCUGAAGAAAGAUGAGGCACAAUGGAAAGAUGAUUGUUUACCAUGUCGACUUACAGGUAUGAUUUCCUCUGCUACCCUUCUAAUUCCUCCUCAAGUUCCUCCUAAUUCCCUCCUCCGCCUUCCAUUUCUCUAGUUCCCGCAAUUUCUCUCAUGUGCCCUAUCUUUUGCCUCACUGCGCUCAUAAUCUUACAAAACUACCCUCAAAACCCCACAAACAAUGUUCUAAACCCCUCCAACAGGAUCCGCCGCAUUCAUCGGCCUAGGAAUCUACAGUUACUUCUCCGGGCAAUCCCAACUAAAAGCUCAAGAAUCGAAAAUCCUCAAGAGCAAAUCCGUGUUUGGCAUGAGGAGUCGGCAGACUAGUAUUACUGGUAUUGCAUUGACGCUUGUUGGCAUGGGACUUUGGAGAUUGAAGAAUUAGAAUGUCUGGGACUACGGGACGAGAAUCUCGUGAAUAAAGGUUGGCGUUUUAAGAGCUUGGGGCAUUCCCUUCACUGGGAGUGAGAUAAUAUUACAAGACAGAUGAAGGAUGGAUGAGAGGAUGAAAGAUGCCUAAAAAAAAUGUUCUAUG